UCAGGUGGUAAAAGAGGAAGGCUGUCUGUGUAAGAGGGUGGACAUUUAUUUCCGGUAAUGAACCGUAUCCUAGAGCGCUAUCCGGGCGAGCUUGACUUUCUGUAUAUGCAUCCACUCAUCAAUAUAAUCAUAGUACUUCGUGACAGAGCCGGUUAUGUUAGCUAAAUGCCGCAUUUCCGGAGUGACAGGCUGACCCGGUCUCUCUGCUUAGGCGGCGCCGAUCGGAUUCGUUUGUCGGUCGUACGGCAGUGUUUCGGACCGAUGUCGGGGGCGAAGCGGAAACGCACGUUGCGGGAUUGAGGAAAAGCCGGAGUGGUGCGGGGAGAAGGAAGAGGGCAGGGAUGCAGGCGCCGCCGUGUUCAUCAAUGGACGAGCGACGCGGAGCAGCGACGGCAGGCGCGCUGAUCUUGGAGCUGAAGCCUGUGCACCCGCCGCCGCUGGACGGACGCGCGGGGUGCGAGACGUGGAGCGUGCAGUUUUCCCCGGACGGCGGCUGCUUUGCAUGGUCCCUGGGACACGGCAUCGUAAAGCUCCUGCCAUGGCCCCUGCAGGACGUCGAGCGACACCGGAGCGCGGAGACAGAGGACGCCCCCAGGAGCAGGGAGCGGACACUGCAGUGCGGGCACAGUGUGUGGAGCCUGGCCUUUGGACCUGUUACCUCCAAGUUUGCAAGCCGCACAAAUGUCAAAGGCGUACCGCCCGAGCUGCUUCUGGCAACUGGCCUUAACAACGGAAAUAUUAAAAUAUGGGAAGUGGCCACAGGAAAACAGCUUUUCCAUCUGACAGGCCACCAGGGGGUCGUAAGGGACUUGGCUUUUACGCCGAACGGAAGCCUCACGCUCGUAUCCGGAUCUCGGGACAAAACGUUACGGAUAUGGGACUUGAGCAAACCAGGCAACAACUUCCAUGUUCUGACUGGUCACACAAGUUGGGUUUACAGUUGCAGUAUCUCCCCGGACUCUAGCAUGAUUGCAUCCGUUUGUAGGGGGGACACGAGGGUGUACCUUUGGAGUCUCCGCUCUUACACCUUCAUGAAGAACCUGCAGGGCUUCGACAUGUUCCCCGUGUCAUGUGACUUCUCGCCUGAUGGGGCACUGUUGGCCAUCGCAGCUUUCGCCACAAGGUGGGAAAUUGACGUGUUUGACCCCCACUCCGGUGAACGGCUCAUCGUGUUGAGGGACUGCCUGUUCUGUGAUCACGAUAUCAUGAACACGCCAAUCCGAGCAGUCUGUUUCUCUACUGAGGGCCUGCAUCUGGCUUUUGUCACAGAAGACAGGGCAAUACGGAUUUGGAAACUGGGUCAGGACAACCCAGCCAUGGAGACUGAUCUCCUUCGCUUCUCAAAUGGCCUGUGCUGCACAUUCCAUCCACAUGGAGGCGUCGUCGCGACAGGGACUAGAGAUGGACACGUGAAGUUCUGGAGGACGCCCCGACUUGUGCCGAGUCUUAGCCACCUGAGUCGGGUGGCCCUGAGGUGCCACAUCUCUACCCACCAGGUGAUGGCACUGCCCAUACCCAACAAGAUAAAGGACUUCCUCACCUACAGGAACCUGCAGGGGUGUCACGAGGCUCGCUGUAGCAUGCACCAGCUACCGCUAGACUAAACGGGGACUUGGGAUCCUGCAGCUUUAAGCUGAGGGCUCUUCUGGUGGACUGGAGCCACGCAGCUGUAGAAAUAAGUCACAGUGAACGGUGCCGAGGACCAAAACGACUGCUACGGAGCCAAAAUUAAAAAAAAAAAAAUCAAUACUGACAUCCCACUAAUGACCUUGAUAUCAACCUUUUUUGUUGUUACUAUUACUCAUCAAAAUAAGUCCCAGAAUCAGGGCUGACAAGUUUCUUUGGAAUCCAAGUCGGAACUGGUGUUCAUGAAAAUUAUAAGCAUUAGCUGCUUGUAUUGUGGGUGAGGAAAUAAUUCAAUGCUUAAAAUGUGCACAAGUAUCAAAUCGGUAACAGAUUAAUAAAUAAAAGGAUCAUUAAAAAUUAUC